UCACGUAUGUUGUCGGGCUGGAGGUUUCGCGGCGAUGGCGACGGAGGCUCGGCGCUUGGAAGGGACGCGCUGAGCGCUGGGCUUUUUCGCUCGGAUAUGACGAAUUCGUAUCUGUUGGUGGUUGCUUUGCUCUUCAGUUACUCCAUCGGUUUCGGAUAGCCCCUUCGGCCGUGGACCCCCCCCUCAUCUCUCCCCUCUGACUGAUUUCUUUGUGUUGCUUGUGAGGGUUUCCAAACUGAUUUACCAGAACUGCAUAUUGUUCACUGCCAACUUUCUGUGACAUAAGCGAGCCGGAGUUCCUCGUUGGCAGAGCCAAGCUCCUUCUGAGGGGCCAUGGAGGAGGAGGGGCAGCAGAGCCUGGAGUGCAUCCAGGCCAAUCAGAUCUUCCCUAAGAAGUCCCCGGUGCUGGAGGAGGAAAACAUGCAGGUGCCCUUCCCUGAGCUGCAUGGGGAGUUCACGGAGUACGUAGGGAGAGCAGAGGACGCCAUCAUCGCAAUAUCCAACUAUCGCCUUCACAUCAAGUUCAAAGAGUCCAUCGUCAACGUUCCUCUCCAGCUGAUCGAGUGUGUGGAGGUUCGGGAUAUGUUUCAGCUUCACGUCACCUGUAAGGACUGCAAGGUCGUCAGGUGUCAGUUCUCCACCUUUGAGCAGUGUCAGGAGUGGCUCAAACGUCUGAACGCCGUAGUGCGGCCCCCCUCGCGGUUGGAGGACCUCUUCUCCUUCGCCUUCCACGCCUGGUGCAUGGAGGUGUACGCCGGAGAGAAGGAGCAGCACGGCGAGCUGUGCAGACCCGGAGAGCAUGUGACCUCGUGGUUCAAAAACGAGGUGGAGAGGAUGGGCUUCGACACUCAGAACGCCUGGAGGAUAUCAGAUAUCAACAGCAAGUUCAGGCUUUGCCCCAGCUAUCCUCAGCAGCUUCUGGUGCCAGCAUGGAUCACUGACAAGGAGCUGGAAAACGUGGCGGCUUUCCGAUCCUGGAAGAGGUUUCCUGCUGUGGUUUACAGACAUCAAAGCACAGGAGCUGUGAUCGCCCGCUGCGGCCAACCAGAGGUCAGCUGGUGGGGAUGGAGGAACGCCGACGACGAGCACCUGGUCCAGUCCAUCGCCAAGGCCUGCGCCGUGGACGGCAGCAGCCGCAAGCAUCUUCCAAACGGAAGCUACACCAACGGCUCGGACCCGCCGGACACCGAUUUUGAAUCCUCCAUGACCAACAGCUCAGAGGUGGAGACGCUGGCCAUCCAGCCCAGCAAGCUGCUGAUCCUGGACGCCAGGUCGUACGCCGCAGCCGUAGCCAACAGGGCGAAGGGGGGAGGCUGCGAAUGCCCAGAGUACUAUCCAAACUGUGAGGUUGUGUUCAUGGGAAUGGCCAACAUUCACUCCAUCCGAAAGAGUUUCCAGUCGCUGCGUUUCCUCUGCACUCAGAUGCCCGAUCCAGCCAAGUAUGUUUAUUCUUUUUCUUCUAGUUCUACAGCCUCCAGCAGGGCUUUAGAUUCCUCCAGAGAAAAAGGUAUGAGCCUGCAGAUUGAGUCGGCUUGUUCUCCGCAGGUUCUCCACCCGGUGUGUCACGUUCGGAACCUGAUGCUGUGGACGGCGGUGUACCUGCCCAGCUCCUCCCCCACCACCCCCUCCGAUGACUCCUGCGCUCCCUACCCCGUCCCCGGUGCCAACCCGGAGGAUGCGCCCCUGGGCAGACGAACAAAAACUCGCUCUUUUGACAACCUGCCCAGCGCCUGUGAGCUGGGCAGCGCCCUGGCUCCCAACCGCCGCUCCAGCGACCCGAGCCUCAACGAGAAGUGGCAGGACCACCGGCGCUCCCUGGACCUCAACAUGGCAGUGGGUCCUGAGGGAGGGGGGAACCAAGAGCCCCAGCCCAACGCAGAGGGGCAGAGUCCGGCUGACGGCCCGCGGGCCGCAACCCGACAGGACGCCUCUCUAAGGCCAGCGGGAGGCGAGGCGGAGGAGGCGGAGCUAUCUGUGGUGGUGGGUGUGGCUGAGGGACAGAUGGAGAACAUCCUUCAGGAAGCAACAGAGGAAUCUGGAGCAGAUUCCCAGAGACCUGCUGCUGGACCAGAGGGGAACGGGGAGCCGAUGGAGGAUAACGGAACCAACAUGCAGAGAGAAGCCUUCGCUAAUGGUCACCGUCCUGAAAACGGGGUGACGGAGGCUGAGGAGGAUGGCGAUUCUUCCCAGAAGGAGGAGGAGCUCCAUCCGCCGCCGAUGGACAGACCCGAAACACCAGAGGGCGACGUGGAGCAGGAGCCGCCUGCGGCCCAUAGAACUUUUCCUAACGGCUUCAUGGACGGGUCACCCGAGCAGGAGGAUGAAAGCGCUCCUGAACCCGAGCGCGGUGGCUCAGAACUGGAGGAGCAGGUGGAGAAGAGGGCGUCUCUGAUGGAGAGCUCCACAGAGACUCUAACGGAAGAAGCCUGCAGCAAACCGCUGCUUCCAGGACAGCAAAGCGUUUCUGCCAACGGUCAGCCACACAGCGACGACAGGAAGCAGCAUCCUGGCUUCAGGACGGACAAGGAGGCGGCGGAGCUCGGCUUCAGCAGAACUUUGAACGGGGCCACAAAGCACGCCUCAAUCAGUGCCUUUCAGUCUGCAAGUGCUGAGCCGAGCAGGGAGGAGUUAUGUAACGGGGACGGCUCCGACGGAGACCCCAACGCGGCGCCGCACUGGUCCAAAGGAAGCGGCGAACGGGCCCCUCUAAGCCGACAGGUCUCGCUGGCGAGCUGCAACUCUCUGAUCCUCCACCCCCGAGGCAGCUGCUCCCAGCACCGCUGGUGCCACGCCCUGCUGGGCCGAGCCCCCGUCAGCCCAGAGCAGCCGGCCCGCAGCCACCUGGAUGACGACGGGCUGACGCUGCACACGGACGCCAUCCAGCAGAGGCUGAGGCAGAUCGAGGCGGGACACCAGAUGGAGGUGGAGACGCUGAAGAAGCAGGUGCAGGAGCUGUGGAGCCGCCUGGAGAGUCAGCAACAUGGCGGCUCUCACAGGAUCAACGGAGACGUGGGAGAUGAGAUGACCUCAAUGACCGACUCAGAGUUCAACCUGGACCCAAACUGUUUGUCUCGCUGCAGCACUGAGCUCUUCUCUGAAGCCAGCUGGGAGCAGGUGGACAAGCAGGACACGGAGGUGACUCGCUGGUACCCUGAUCAUUUGGCAGCCCAGUGUUACGGCUGUGAGAGCAGGUUCUGGCUGGCCACACGGAAGCACCACUGCAGUGGCCCCGAGGCUGUCCAGGAGGUCUGGAACUGCGGAAACGUGUUCUGUGCCAGCUGUUGCGACCAAAAGAUCCCAGUGCCAAGUCAGCAGCUGUUUGAGCCCAGCCGGGUCUGUAAGAACUGCUACAGCAGCCUCCAGCUCGGCUCCGCCCCUCUGGACCAUGAGCUGGAGAAACGCAUCACGGCGAGCUCCAACUGACGGAUGAACGCCGAGGAGCCGGCGGAGGGGAGCUACGCAGAACGUCCCAUGAACUGUGGGGGGAGGGGAGUGUAAAUAUUUAGACUAACGUGCGGGCAAAGCAGAGAGAACUCUGAAUGUUUGGGUCUGGGUGUGUG